UCUUCAUCAAAGCUCGCCUUUGGUGCGAAAAGGUUGGAUUUUGACCAGACGAAACGAGGCAAAAAGACUUCAAUUGCCCGAAUAGCUUCUCAUCCUUAGCGACAGCAUCUCUUCAAGCUUCACCUUGACCCUAAGCUCCCCUGUCUCAGCCACAUUCCGGUCCUUAUCGUGUAAGCUUUGCCAAGAUCGCUUGUGCCUAUCCGUCGGAGAUUGAUUACCUUGGCCUGCCUUGAACGCGUUCAACUCAAUCUGACCUUCGACAAUCGACAUUCGCGGUCUUCCCGCUUCGCCUUGCGGUGACGAGAUAACUCAUAUAUCCGCACACACGAUAUACGAAAUACACAUCCUGUCACAAUGGCGAACGCUGCACGAUACAAUAUGGGCUCAAUACGCCCGGCUGUCAUUGGCAUGGGCCGAGUCUUUGGUGCAAGCUUGACGGCUGUCUCUGCCUUUCCGGUUGACACCAAGGGCCACCAUGACGCUGGCGAAGAGGGCGGUUCCAGCCUUUGGGUCCUCGCUGUUGCGUCAAUGGUUCUGGUCCUUCUUGGUGGUGCUUUUGCUGGAUUGACAAUUGCUUUGAUGGGACAAGACAGUAUUUAUCUCCAGGUUUUAUCGGGCGAUCCCGCGGAAUCGCAGUCUAAGAAUGCGAAACGUGUGUUGAAAUUGUUAAAACGAGGAAAGCAUUGGGUUCUGGUCACACUGCUGCUAUCGAACGUCAUUGUCAACGAGUCACUCCCCGUUGUAUUGGACCGAACUCUUGGUGGAGGUGUUGCUGCUGUCGUUGGCAGUACUGUUCUCAUCGUUAUUUUUGGUGAAAUUGUUCCCCAGUCUAUCUGCGUUCGAUACGGCCUUCCUAUCGGCGGAUACAUGUCUACUCCAGUUCUUAUUCUCAUGUAUCUCACCGCUCCCGUUUCUUGGCCUAUUGCAAAGCUUCUCGACUGGAUUCUGGGUGAGGAUCAUGGUACUUUGUACAAGAAGAGCGGACUCAAGACGCUGGUCACCCUCCACAAGUCUCUGGGUGAGAUUUCCGAGCGUCUGAACCAGGAUGAGGUAACAAUUAUCACAGCUGUUUUGGACUUGAAGGACAAGCCCGUUGCUGAAGUUAUGACACCCAUCUCCGAUGUUUAUACCCUUGCCGAAGACCACAUCCUCGACGAAAAGACCAUGGAUGAUAUUUUAUCCUCCGGGUACUCGCGAAUCCCUAUCUAUCGUUCUGGGAAUCACUUGGACUUUGUUGGCAUGCUUUUGGUCAAGACACUCAUCACCUACGACCCUGAAGAUAGGAUUCCCGUCCGCGAUGUGCCUCUCGGUGCAAUUGUCGAAACGCGCCCUGAGACCAGCUGUCUGGACAUCAUCAACUUCUUCCAGGAGGGCAAAUCGCACAUGGUGCUGGUAUCGGAGUUCCCCGGCUCGGACCAUGGUGCCCUCGGUGUUGUUACUCUUGAAGAUGUGAUCGAGGAAUUGAUUGGAGAGGAAAUUGUUGACGAAUCCGACGUAUACGUCGAUGUACACAAGGCUAUCCGACGUCUUACUCCCGCACCCCGAGCCCGCCGAAUUCACGCAACUGCUGCCGCUGCCGCUGCAAUGGCCACUAAGAAGGCCCCAGGCGACUCUAUUUUGGUCGACGUUGAAGAACACGCCGAGGAUCACCCUCCCAAUGUCGAGACUGCUUCUUUCCACAGCAAUUAUGAAGGGGGAUUCCACAACUCUGCCAAGACUGCCAUUCAUAUGAAGCGCCGGACCUCUGAUGGUGGCAUAGAAGGCACCCCAGUUGUUGUGAAGGCUAGUCUAGAUGAAAUGAGGUCUCAACUUCGUCUUGGGCCUGCCAACCGAGCUGCGAACCCUCGCAGCAAUACCCGCAGCCUCUUCAAAAUCAAACAAGGUCUCGGCGCGAGCCAUACGCCCCCCAACGAUGGCUCAAGACCUGCCCAGCCGCGCGCUGCAUCCCACAUGGGUUUCACGAGUACUCACGGACAAUCUCAGGCGCGGACACAGGGGCAUGAACGGACACCAUUAUUAGCUGAGGAGCACGAAGAAGCUAUUGACGACGAUGAAGAUGACCACAGUCGUAAAACAAAUGGUCGGCAUUAGGGGGUAUAUUUAGUGGUAUGGAUAAUAGGGUUUGAUGGAAUCGUUUCUUAGGAGUGGCUAUAUCUAAACCAGGGCCCUUUACUGUUGGGCAUACCAGGCAAGGUCUAGUUAAUACACCUCCGCAGCAUUGAUGACAGCAGCCAAAUCAUG